UAUUACAGUCAAGUCCACGAUGGUGUAAAGACAGUACUACCUUUGUUCUAAUUAUAUUACGAUGAACAGUCUAUAUAAACUCUGGAUGAAAUUCGUGAUACAAAGUCAAAGUGACGACACCACAUCAAUUGGCGACCCUGCUUCGCGAUAUGAGCCUUGCUGAUUGUACCUUAGCUCUGGUUGUCAGUGUUCUCCUCUAUAGCAGUGUGAUCUUAGCAAAGCCAACUCGCAGUGUGUCCGACCCGAAAGUUGAAGUGUUCAAACAAAAACUAUUGACUUCACUUGGAUAUAAGGAAGCUCCUGUAGUACGAAAUAUAAAUAGCAGCAUACACGAACAGCGAGCAAUGAUUAGGAAAUAUAAAGAACAUAUAAAAGGAAGAAUGAAUAUAGAGGAAGAACGUUACCCAGAAACUGCCAAUGUUUAUAAACCAAAAGAUUCCUUUGAAAUCCAACCAGAUUACGAGCAAUCAACAGCCGCAAAUCUAUUUCUGAGCUAUGACAUCCAAGAAAAACAACCAGAAGAUCCACACAUGGAGACCAUCAUUUCUCGUGCACAUGUUAAAAUUGAUUUAAAAGAAUCGAACAAUUUAACUGCACAAAUUAAAGUUCAUUCAGACAAUGCGGAUGAAUUUUCUAAUUUGUUAACCAAUGAAUUUGUGUUCUCAAAUAUUCCAACGAAUGCCAAUGUAGUGUAUUUAGAUAUCACAAGUCUUUUAAGAACUUGGCUCGAAAGCCCAACAGAAAAGUUUGGAAUCACUAUUUCUUUCACCGCAAACAUUUCACAAGUUCUGAAAAUAAAUUCUAAGAAAUCAUCUGGAAAAGCAUUCAGACUUGAUUUUGAAAACGGAAUGGAACCAGUAUUAGAAGUAUUUAGCUAUCGAAAGAUGAUUUUAGGACGUGAAAAAAGACAAGCUAGUACUGCUACUAGCAGACGAGAUUGUGUGAAAGGUGAUGGCGAGAACAGAUGUUGUCGUUUUAGAACACACAUAUCAUUUGCUGACAUUGGUUGGGAUAAUUGGAUAAUACGACCAAGUGGUUAUGAAGCUUAUUACUGUGAUGGCGAAUGUCCACAUCGAUUUAAAAUGGCAAAUACCUUCGCAGGAAUUAAAUCAUUGCUACACAUGAAAAAUCCAUCGACAUUUUCACCUCCAUGUUGUGUUCCGAGUAAACUUAGCCCUUUUACAAUACUACAUAAAGAAGAGAGCGGGAAGUAUGCCUUUAUGGAUUUAGACGAUAUGGUUGUAGAGGAUUGUAAAUGUGCUUGACUCAGGAAAAGACUGUUGUCUGUGAUAGGGACCAUAUAUAUUUAUUUAUGUGUCGUUUGUUGAAAUACUUGGGUAAUACAUGAUUCCAUUUACCAUAUUUUUUUUUACAAUUCCAAUUUUAUUGCUUUAUUUAAUGUUUUGUGUGUUUGUAUUGUAUGUAUUGUAUGAAAGUUACCAUUUGUUUUAUUUCCAUGACAACAGGUUACCCCUUAAAGGAACAAAUGUCUCUUUGAAGGGAAAGAUAUAUUAUUAUUCGAACGUGCCAAAACUUAGGUCUUUCUGCUCCUUAUUGUGUUUUAAAGCACAUUUACUAGUCUGUGAAUACUUAUGAAUAAAGUCUUUUUAGUUUAAACUAAAGAACAAAAACAAGUCUUACUGGACUACCGUGCAGUUUUGUUAAAUAAUAUUCUCACUGUUAAUUUUCCUGGCAUUUAAUUGAAAAUAUCUUAUAGCUCAUCUGAAAUUGUCCUUAACCGUAUUUAAAUAGAGUCGCUAGAUUCCACACUAGAAUUCCAAUGGCGAAAGCAGCAGGUGUCACAUUGGAAACUUUAGUCUCAGUCAAUACGAAGUUUAUGUUUCACAAUGCUGAUAAAAACGUUGUGUUGACUUGCAAGAGUUACUUGCUCGAGAGUUAUUUAACCGCUUAAAUACAUGAUAAUAUGUCUUCAUAAGAAAAUAAGUAAUUUUAGAAAAAGUCUUUUUUCGCCCUUGAAAUAAAACGGAGAAAUCAUUUUAAAAGAAAACGCCAACACAUGCACAAUUACUUAACAUUUGUAUAAUGUAUAUGCAUAAACAUAGACAUUGAAAAUGAUAGUAAACGGUAGCUUUUUAAAGGGAUGGGGGACUUACAAAUUUCGAAUAAUGAAACACGUAUGAUUUCAUUUUACUAGAACGAGAAAUAGUAUUUAUUUUGAUAACUGUGAGAGUGUACAAAUGUUGAUGACUUGUAGAAAAUCCGUAUGACGUGCCAUGCUGAAUAGUAGGCAGAAAGCUAUGAAAUCCUGGUGCUUAUAUGUUUCUGAACUUUUCCAUGUGAUAUUUUGUGUUCUCUUGUCAAACAAGGCAUUUACUAUGAAAAUUGAAUCACAGUCAUGUUAUGUUGUUAUAUAUUAUUUAUUCACAAUGAUUUUAGCGGCCAAAUUGGUGCAAAAUGUUGAAAUAUAAAAUAUAAUGCUGAUAAA